AUGGAUGACCAUUCGGACUACAAUGACUUAAAUGAUGAAAUUAGGAAUGACAUGCCUGGUGAAUUGGGAGAUGACUUAUUGAAUAUGGAUGAUGAUCCAAUAGAUUACAUCAACUUCAGUGAUGAUGAAAUUAUAGAAGAGAUGCCUACUCAUUUAGGAGAUGACAUAUCGAAUGAUUUAAUUGAUAACAUUCCAAAUGUCGUUCCCUUGACACCGACAAAGAAUUCUAAUAUUUUUAUUGAGGUUGGAAUGGAAUUUUCCGAACAAAAGGGUGUAGUGGACUUGUAUACAGCGUAUAACAAGGUAAAAGGUUUCGGAAUCCGAAUACGAACAAGGAGGGACAACUUCGUCAAGCUAGUUUGUGCUAGACAGGGUCAUCCACAAAAAAAAAAUGAUAAAGAUGUUGCUCAAGUUUGUCAGACCAAAUUAAAGAAGACAUCAUCAUUACGAAUUGGGUGUGAAGCUAGUGUAAAUGCUUAUAAGAGUGAAAACACAAAAAUGUGGAGAAUUACACUAUUUGACGACAACCAUAAUCAUGGUCUUGUGACUCCAAAGAGUGUUCGUUAUCUCAGAUCACACAGAAAAAUGUCUAAUGCUGCAAGAUCGUUGGUUGAACACUUUAGUGAUGCAAGCUUGCCCACAGGAAAAGUGGCUACCAUCUUCAAAGGCGAUGAGUUAUCAUUUGACAGUCGAGAUUGUUAUAACCAUCUAAAAAGUGUGAGGAGAAGAAUAUAUAACACAGGAGAUGCACAAGCUGUGUUAAACUAUUGUGCUAAACAACAAUCAUUGAAUCCAAAUUUCUCUUAUUCCAUUAAAUGUGACGAUGAAGAUCGCAUGGAAAGCUUUUUUUGGAUUGAUGCAAGGUCCAGGAAAGCUUAUGAGCUUUUUGGUGAUGUCAUCACAUUUGACACGACAUAUAGAACUAAUAAGUAUUCAAUGCCAUUUGGACCUUUUGUUGGUGUAAAUAAUCAUUUACAGUCAAUCUUGUUCGGAUGUGCUUUAUUGAAAGACGAAACAGAAGAUACUUUUAUUUGGCUAUUUAAGGAAUGGCUUCGAGGAAUGAAUGGGAAACAUCCGGGCGCCAUAAUUACUGAUCAGAGCACUCAAGAUUUUGAAGACAAAUGGCAACGUAUUCUUGAUCACUAUGGUCUUCAUGAGAAUGAGUGGUUGCAGUCACUUUAUUCAAUUAAAGCGUCUUGGAUACCAAUCUUUAACAGAUCUAUUUUCUUUGCUGGUAUGAACACCACUCAGCAUAGUGAAAGCAUCAAUUCAUUCUUUGAUGGUUUUGUUACAUCUGGCACAACCUUAAAGGAAUUUGUAGAAAAAUAUAAUCAAGCAGUAGAUGCUCGUUAUGACUCAUUCAAAAAACAAGACUUUGAAUCUAGGCACAAAGAAAGGCGUUUAACAUUGAAUAUGCCAUUGGAAGAACAUGCAGCCAAGGUUUACACGCGUGCAAUUUUCACAAAGUUUAGUGAUGUGCUUUCUCAUAAUUUUCGUCUGUCUAAGGAGAAAAUUGGAGAUGAUGGUGAGUGGGUUACUUAUCGAGUUUUUAAUAGGAAAGAGAAGGAUUAUUCUGCAACUGUGAAGAUGAAGUUGGAAAAUAAAGAAGCAAGAUGUUCUUGUCAGUAUUUUGAGUUCAUGGGAAUCCCAUGUGAGCAUAUUAUUUCUAUUUUUUUGGUUGAAAAUGUUGAGCAGAUCCCUGAACAUAUGAUUUUGCGACGCUGGAGCAAAGAAAAAAAUGAUAUAAUUAGUACAAAUAAAUACAUUUGUACUUUUGAUGGAGAGGGACUCCUUCGCGGCUUUGAAAUACGCUCUAGAGUUUCAAAACUUAUUGAGCUUGCAGAUAGGUCCAAUGAAGCAGCUAGAUUCGCUUGUGAUGGUCUUGAUUCUCUCACUGAAUCUUUAGAAAAAUUUCCAAGACCUGAUGAUAGUAUUGGUCUUGAGGAUUUUGAUUCACAUUACUUGAGUUCUCAAGCUGAAGAGUCAUCUAUGAUGUGA